CUUAAUUUCUGCAGCUAGUUUAGAUUUGCAUAUAGAUCUUUCAGGAAUAUAUAGGUGUUUCAAUUGUUGGGUGGCUUCUCCAAGAUUUGUUUCUAAUAUGGCAUCAAAAAAAGAUGAGAAGAAAGCGGAUGAGGUGAUAACUGCCGUCUACAAAGUGAACUUGCAUUGCCAGAAAUGUGCACAAGAUAUCAGGAAGCCUCUUAUGAGAAUCCAAGGGGUUCAUAACGUGGACUAUGAUAUUGAGAAGGCUGAAAUUAAGGUUAAGGGCACGAUUGAUGUGCUAAAAAUUCAUAAACAAAUAGAGAAAUUGAGCACAAAAAAGGUUGAGUUGAUUUCACCACAAAUUAAGAUUAAGGAAGCAGCUGCAACAGAGAAGAAAGUAGUCAAGGAAACCAAAGAAGCAAUUAUACGCACAACAACAGUAAAGGUUAACAUGCAUUGUGACAAAUGCGAGGAUGACCUGCGAAGGAGGUUAUUGAAGCACCAAGGCAUUUACAAUGUCAAAACUGACAUGAAAGCUCAAACCUUAACGGUUCAUGGAACCAUAGAGCCCGAUAAACUACUAGGUUACAUACGAAAGAAGGUGCACAAAAAUGCUGAGAUCUUGACCUCCAAACCAGAGAAAAAAGAAGAAAAGAUUGAGGAACAAAAAACAGUAAAGGAAGAAAAGGCAAAAGUAGAGGAACAAAAAACAGUAAAGGAAGAAAAGGCAAAAGUAGAGGAACACAAAACAGUAAAGGAAGAAAAGGCAAAAGUUGAAGUUAAAGGUAAAGCAAUUGGGUCGAUUGAUGUUGUAGAAUUCAAGGAAGAGAAGAAGGUGGAGGCAAAAACUACAGAGGGCAAUGUACCUUAUUUUAUUCACUAUGUUUAUGCUCCUCAGUUGUUUAGUGAUGAAAAUCCCAAUGCAUGUUUCAUAAUGUAGAAGAUAAAUCUUUUGUAAAUUUAUUUAAAUUAUUAAUUUUCCAUGCGGUCAGAGAAAUUGUUGCAUGAAACUGAUGUAUAUAUAUUAGUAGAUUUAUUAAAAUCAUUAUUAUAGUGAAAUGCAAGACUCACCCUAAUAAAAAAAAAGGUAAUUUAUUAUUUGA